GACGCCUUGACAACCCAGGAACAGCAAUCUUGAACCACCGCGCAUCAUAAUGCCGCUUUGUAUGCUGUGCGAGCAAAUUACGCCAUGGACAUUGAAGUCCGUCAGAUUUGAUGGAGCGACAUUGCUGGAUCCAGAGAAAUGCAAUUCGCAUCAUCGAAGCUUCUCACUUCUGCAGAAAUCCGCUGUCGAAUGUGGACUCUGUAAGUUGAUGAGAGAUGCAAUACUGGACAAUAAGCUGAAUCUCGAGGGAAAUUGGCCCCUGCGAGAAGAUGCCCCAGUGCUCCUGGGAAGUGUGAUCAAUGUGUAUGCCGACCCAAGAGUUGAAGCCCCCCAACUCUACAAUAUCCUCGUACAAUGUGGAGAUCUUUUCGUGACCUUACAUGCUUUCGCGGAUGCAGAAUCACAAGCAGCGAAGUCCAAUGCAGUCGCCGGCAGGCUUCCAUUUGAGACUGGAAGCCAGGCGCACUUCGAUAUGAUAACUACUUGGCUGAGAAAUUGCGAACGGACGCACCCAAAUUGUAGGAUUGGUGGGGUAGGAGAAGCUCUGGCCGAUAUAGGUCAAGACCAGAGUGUGAAGCUCCCACGGCGAGUCGUCGAUGUCGGAGACUCAGCUGAUCCAAGAAUUCGGUUGAUUGACUCUUCAAAUGUCAAGGGUCAAUAUGUCGCGUUAAGCCAUAGAUGGCCUGUCGAUCCUUCGAAGCACUUCAAAACCACCAAGUCCUCCAUUGAUGGCCACAGGCAACAGAUCGUCUUUGAGGAUCUACCGCGCACCUUCCAAGACGCGGUCACAGUGACGCGGAGGUUAGGGCUUCGUUAUCUCUGGAUAGACUCUCUCUGUAUCAUCCAAGACAAUUCUGAUGACUGGAAUCAGCAGUCGAUGGUCAUGGGCAAGAUUUACAACGAGUCUACCAUUACCAUCAUGGCAGCCACAUCCAUGAAUAUUCCCAAUCACGAACCGGCGCCGGAAGGAUUCCUUCACCAGCAGCCAAGUUUGACUCUGCCAACGAUCGAAAUGGACUACUACAGUCGUGACUGGAGGCGGGACGGGCAUUGGUUCAUUCGGCAUAUGGACCCGACGAGACACCACUCUCAUAUCUUGGAUUUGUUGACAAGAGGAUGGGUGCUGCAAGAGCAUAUGUUGUCGCGAAGAAAGGUUAUCUAUACCCCUGACCAACUACUCUGGAAUUGCAAGUCGAUGCAGGUUCUCGAGGUUAAUCGCGAUAUCAAGACCGAUUCUCAACGUAUUCAGGGGACCGAGAGUUGGGAAGAUACGUUCUUCGUAGACCACUGGCUGGGGAUUGCCGAAAAUUUCUCUGCCAAAGAUCUCACUUUCGAAUCCGACAAGUUACCUGCUCUAUCCGGCCUGGCAUCUUACUUUUGCCGAAGACAUGGUCAAGAAUACUUCGCGGGUCUCUUAAGUGGUAGCAUUGCCGAAGGAUUACUAUGGCGUCCGUACUCACCUGGCAGCCUCUCUCGACCGAUGGAAUAUACUGCACCAACUUGGAGCUGGACUUCUUUGAAAGGACGUAUCAAGAUCGUCGCCCCAUCGCAAUCCAGUCGCGGCUCUCUAAGAUCGAAACAUGCCAUAGAGGACAUCAAGUUCGAGCUCUUACCCGAAGGGAAAAAUCCAAAUGGACGGCUCAAGGAUGGGCGAAUGAAAAUCACUGGCUUGAUAAUGAGGGCAGAGAUGUGUCGCGAGAACGAUAAUGCCAAUCUGCUGAUGAGGCUCCGCGUUGGAACUAGAUCCUUGGCACAAUUCCAUUUAGAUCUCGCAGAGUCUGCCCCCGCGCCUUUAUCGGUCCAGGAAGUUGCGUGCUUGUAUGUGUUGGAAGACGAAGAAAAUGUGCUAGUUUUGAGGAAGAGCAGGAAUUUGUACGAAUACGAGCGAAUUGGCAUCGCCACUGUUGAUCCAGCAUGGUUUCACGACGGAGGCGCGAAGAAAGAACGCAUUACGAUUGUUUGAAUAGCGUGGUUUCUGAGAUACAUCGAACGGUGUAGAAAUCUCCAACGAUCUCACAGUAAAUGAUUAAGAGAGAACUUGAUGAGAAAAUGCUUAAGGGCCCGUUCUGCC